GCGCGGUCAACACUGCAAACACGCCCACACGCUGCCAUGUCGAUAGACUUCCCCAAGGAGGAGGAGCGCGUGCUCGCCCGCUGGAAGGAGAUUGACGCAUUCCUCAGGCAGGUCGAGCUGUCGAAAGGAAAGCAACCAUACACCUUCUACGAUGGGCCGCCCUUUGCGACGGGACUCCCCCACUACGGCCACCUGCUCGCGUCGACGAUCAAGGACAUCAUCCCGCGGUACUGGUCCAUGAAGGGCCGCUAUGUCGAGCGCCGCUUUGGCUGGGACACACACGGCGUGCCCAUUGAGUAUGAAAUUGACAAGGAGCUGGGCAUGUCCGGCCGCGACGCCGUGAGGGAGCUCGGCAUCGCGACAUACAACGAGAAGUGCCGCGCCAUUGUUAUGCGCUAUGCCAGCGAAUGGCGGUCUACCAUCGAGCGCCUCGGCCGCUGGAUCGACUUCGACAACGACUACAAGACCAUGGACACGAGCUUCAUGGAGUCGGAGUGGUGGGUCUUCAAGCGCCUCUUCGACAAGGGUGCCGUCUACCGCGGCUUCAAGGUGAUGCCGUACAGCACCGCAUUGGCCACGCCCCUUAGCAACUUCGAAGCCUCGCAGAACUACAAGGACGUCCAGGACCCGGCCAUCGUCGUCUCCUUCCCGCUCGUCGAGGACCCCAACACGUGCCUGCUGGCCUGGACCACGACGCCCUGGACCCUCCCCUCCAACAUCGGCCUUUGCGCCCACCCCGACUUCGAGUACGUCAAGAUCCUCGAUGAGGCCUCGGGGCACCACUACAUCCUGCUCGAGGUGCUGCUACGUACCCUCUACAAGGACCCCAAGAAGGCCAAGUUCAAGAUCGUCGAGAAGAUCAAGGGCAAGGACAUGCUCGGCUGGAAGUACACCCCGCCCUUCGACUACAUGUACGACGAGUUCAAGGACUACGGCUUCAAGGUCCUCAACGACCUCUAUGUCACCGCCGAGAGCGGCGUGGGCAUCGUCCACCAGUCGCCCGCCUACGGAGAGGACGACUAUAGAAUUGCAAUGGCGCACGGCGUCAUCAGCGACUCGCGCCCGCCCCCAAACCCCGUCGAUGACGCCGGCUGCUUCACCGACAGGGUCAGCGACUUCAAGGGCCAGCACGUCAAGCAGGCUGACAAGGCCAUCAUCAAGCACCUCAAGGGCACCGGCCGUCUUAUAGUCAACUCGCAGCUCACCCAUAGCUACCCCUUCUGCUGGCGCUCAGACACUCCCCUCCUCUACCGCACCGUCCCGUCCUACUUCAUCAAGAUCCAGGAAAUCGUCCCACAGAUGCUCGAGAACAUUGCAGGCUCGCACUGGGUGCCGUCCUUCGUCAAAGAGAAGCGCUUCGCAAACUGGAUCACCAACUCCCCCGACUGGGCCGUCUCGCGUAAUCGCUUCUGGGGCACACCUCUACCGCUCUGGGUCAGCGACGAUGGCAAGGAGAUGGUCUGCGUCGGUAGCAUCGAGGAGCUGAAGAAGCUCAGCGGAUACGAGGGCGAAAUCACCGACAUCCACCGCGACCGCAUCGACAACAUCACCAUUCCGAGCAAAGAGGGCAGGGGCAUGCUGCGGAGGACACCAGAGGUGUUCGACUGCUGGUUUGAGUCCGGCUCUAUGCCCUACGCCAGCGCACACUACCCCUUCGAGAACAUCGAGCAGUUCGAGGCGUCGUUCCCCGGCGACUUCAUCGCCGAGGGUCUCGACCAGACUCGCGGCUGGUUCUACACAUUGACCGUCCUCGGUACCCAUCUCUUCGGCAAGCUGCCCUUCAAGAACUGCGUCGUCAACGGCAUCGUGCUCGCCGAAGACGGUAAGAAGAUGUCGAAACGUCUCAAGAACUACCCAGACCCCAACCUCAUCAUGAAGAACUAUGGCUCCGACGCCCUGCGGUUAUACCUCAUCAACUCGCCAGUCGUACGUGCGGAGACACUGCGUUUCAAGGAGACUGGUGUCAAGGAGAUUGUGUCCAAGGUCCUCCUACCCUUCUGGAAUAGCUACCAGUUCUUCGAUCAGCAGGCGACGCUGCUGAAGAAGGUUGCCGACCUCCACUUCGUCUUCGACCCCGCAGCUGAGAAGACCAACACCAACAUAUUCGACCGAUGGAUUCUUGCGUCUUGCCAAUCGCUGCUCAAGUUCGUUAACGCCGAGAUGGCCGCAUACAGACUCUACACCGUUGUACCGCGGUUACUUGAACUCAUCGACAACACCACAAACUGGUACAUUCGGUUCAACCGCCGGCGCUUAAAGGGCGAGUACGGCCUGGAAGACACCAAGCACGCCCUCAACACCCUCUUCGAAGUCCUCUACACCCUCUGCCGCGGCCUCGCGCCCUUCACCCCCUUCAUCACUGACAACAUCUACCUCCGUCUCCUGCCGCACAUUCCUAAAGAGCUCCACUCCGAAGACAACCGCAGUGUGCACUUCCUGCCUUUCCCUGAGGUCCGCGAAGAGCUCUUCGACGAGUCCGUCGAGCGCCAGGUCAAGCGCAUGCAGGCCGUCAUCGAGCUCGGCCGCAUCUGUCGCGACCGCGCCAACAAGGGCCUCAAGAUCCCGCUCAAGACACUCGUUGUGAUCCACCCCGAGCAACAAUACCUCGACGAUGUCAAGAGCCUGGAGAACUACAUCUGCGAGGAGCUCAACAUCCGCGACCUUGUGCUCUCGAGCGACGAGGAGAAAUACAAGGUGCAGUACAGCGCCACGGCAGACUUCUCUGUGCUCGGCAAGAAGCUGAAGAAGGACGCGAUCAAGGUCAAAAAGGCGCUGCCCGGCCUCACAUCGCAGCAGAUCAAGGACUACCUCAAAGCCGGCGAGAUGACCGUCGACAGUAUCACGCUCGAGGCCGAGGAUCUAAUGGUCAAGCGCAGCCUUGCCAAAGACGACGCGAACAAAGACCAGGAGUUCAACACAGACAAUGAUGUGCUCAUCAUCCUGGACGUAGCAUCAUACCCCGAGCUCGAGCAGGAAGGCCUGGCACGCGAGGUCAUCCGUCGCGUGCAGGACCUGCGCAAGAAGGCCGGUCUCGUGCCGACAGACGACGUGGGCAUGGAGUACCGCGUGCUGAGCGACCCAGACGGCUUGGACUUGGAGAAGGCGUUUGAGAACCAGGGACCGCUGUUUGAAAAGGCGCUGAGGCGGAAUGUGGACAAGCAUGUCAUUACGGAGCUGGAUGGCAAGAUUGAGGAGGGUAAGAAAGAGGGCGUGAUUAUGGAGGAGGAGCAGGAGUUGCACAAGGCGACGUUCAUGUUGAGGUUGGUGAAGCUGUGA